AUUUUUGACUUAAUUUCAUGAGCAUCAUUCAUUUAUUCACGCCCCAAAGGAUUCCGACACAUAACGUGAGCAGCAAACGCCAAUUUUAUUGUUGAGAGUGUGCGGUUGAAUUCUUGUAACGUGCUUAAAUGUAUAGGCCUCUGGAGAAGUGACAUUCAUUUCUUCUAGCUCUAGCUCUACUAUGGGCCUGGGAGCUGUUUGAUCAGUUGUUCACGGUGCAGAGCUAGAUAAUUAACAUAAUAUGUUACAAGGUAUGUUUUUAAUAAUGAUAUAAUGGUAUACUUGAGUAUGAGAGCACGGUUUUGCUAGAGUACUAGACAUUCAUAUUCUUGACUUCAUUUCCUGAGCAUCUUUCAUAUUCACGUCCCAAGGUUUCCGACACAUAACACUUCGAAUUCAUUUGCAAUCAUCAUGCGGACAUCAAGAGAUCUUCGGUCAAAUGGCACUAAAUCGGCAGACCCCGCCGAUGCGACCCUUCGAAACCGCUCUAGCGAGCCGACACCAGGCUCAUCUGCCAUCUUCACCUGGGAUGAGAUUCGAACCCAUGUCCUGCCAGAAGACAAGUGGUUGGUGAUAGACGGUGACGUGUAUGAUAUCAGCAAAUGGUCAAGAAGACAUCCGGGUGGGAAGGCUAUCAUCAGUCACUACGCAGGACAAGAUGCUUCGGAUGCAUUCGGCGCUUUCCAUCGAGACCGUCAAUACGUUAGCAAGUAUUUGAACAUGUAUCGAAUAGGGAAGGUCAAAGGUUAUGAUGAGCACAUAUCUGACCUCUCUCGAGACUUCAGUGACCUCAGAGACCUGACAAAGAAAAUGGGUCUCUACGAGCCAAACUAUUGGUUCUACGUCUUCCACCUCUCACACAUCAUCGCACUGGAGAUCGCAGCCUACUUGGUAGUCUCUCUCCUCGGCGGGACCGUUCUCUCUUGGAUCCUCGCAGCCGUGCUCAUCGGGACCAGUCAGACGCAGGGGUCGUGGCUCAAUCACGACUUCGGCCACCUGUCCGUCUUCAAGUCGACCAAGGCUAAUCUCAUGGCUCAGAAGCUGGUGUUCACUGGAAUUCAGGGCGUGUCAGCAUCGUGGUGGAAGUAUCGCCAUUAUUUGCAUCACUCUAAACCAAAUGUGAUCGAUAAGGAUCCUGACAUCAAAAUGGAGGUCUUCCUAUUGGUUGGUGACACCAUCCCGGUUGAGAUGGCCAAGUCAAAGAAAGGUUUCAUGCCUUACCAACAUCAACAUCAAUACUUCACUGUUUUGUCUCCGUUAUUGCUGGUUGUAUAUUAUUACUACGAAGUUUUGCGUUUUGUCUUCAAAAGGAGAGAAUGGCUGGACCUUUUCCUUAUGAUGUUGUAUUUCGUCCGUUAUUUCUACUUCUUCUUACCCUUGACUGGGCUUUUUGGAGCAUAUAUCAUUUUGUAUCUUGGAAGGGUCAUCCAGAGUGCGUGGUUUGUAUGGGUGAGUCAGUCGAACCACAUUCCAAUGGCAGUGGAACAUGAUGAACAGGAUAAACACUGGGUCCCUCUUCAGAUGCAUGCUACAUGUAACCUCGAAUCUUCCCCUUUCAUUGAUUGGUUUACGGGUCAUCUCAACUUCCAAAUUGAGCAUCAUUUAUUCCCAACUAUGCCGAGACACAACCUCUCAAAGAUCAAACCACAAGUGGAGUCUCUUUGUAAGAAGCACAACAUUCCAUACAUCAACAAGCCUUUCUGGACCGCCAUGUUUGAUAUUCUCAGGUCCUUACGAAAAUCUGGAAACUUAUGGUAUGACAUGUCUCACACAAACGACCUUCUCAUGCAGUGAGCAGUAAUAACCGAUUACGGAUGUCAUUAAGGAACAUUGGCUAUAACAACGGCAAUUUUGUUGAGGGUUCACAAGACCGAUGGCCCACGAGACGGACAGCCCGAACAAGACCGACGUUUUAUAUCACCCUUUGUUAAUUUUUUUUUAUCGGUGUCAUUGGCUGUUGAUGUAAAGGUUCUAGGACCUUUUAAAACUUUCUCCUUUUCUUUAUUUUCUUUUUUCUUAACUUUUCUGUAUUAAGAUUUUUUUUUAAUCGGUCUAGUAAACAGAUUCAUCAAUGUCGGUCUCGUGGGCUGUCGAUCUACUGAGAUGACCCCGUCAUCGACCGAGGACCACCACCAAUUAGAGUUUGUUUCAUUUCCAGAGGCGUCAAUAAUUGGGGGAGGGGGGUAAGGCCUAAAAUAAAAAACUUG